UGAGUAAUCGGGUGCUCAAUUGCUCUUCUUAAAUGUGUAUUUUAAACCUAAACACACUGCUAACAGUAUGCCUAAACCUAACCUUGGACUAAGACCAAACUGCACAUUUUGUUUUCAUACAUUUUUACGAUAUAGACAAUCAUUUAGACUUUGUGGGUGUAAUAUCUAGUGGAAACCCAGUGAGAGGGACGUGAAUCUGGGGUUAACAAGAAAGAAUAAUUUAUGUCGAACGAAACAGUCGUAUUUUGUUGUUUAGCAAGCUGGCUGGUAAACUGUAACAACCCUGUGUCACAUACACUCACCCUCUGUAGUAGCUGGGACACGAGUUGCAAAAAUGACAGAGCUACGGCACCGCGGAACGACUGAAAACGACCUAUAUCAACAAUCCGAAGACAAGGGAUCUGAGAAUGAGGGGAAAGCAGAGGGGGUGUCUGAAAGCGAGACCAAGCCUGAUACAGGGCUCCCGGAGGUGCCUGUCCCUGCUGAUGACACCCCUGAGGUUCUCAAUAAAGCCCUAUCUGGACUGUCCUCACGAUGGAAGAACUGGUGGGUGCGAGGGAUCCUGACUCUGGCCAUGAUCUCCUUCUUCUUCAUCAUCAUCUAUCUGGGCCCCAUGGUGCUCAUGCUGAUUGUGCUGUGUGUGCAGAUCAAAUGCUUCCAGGAGAUCAUCCACAUUGGUUACAGUGUGUACCACUCCUACCACCUGCCCUGGUUCAGAACGUUGAGUUGGUACUUCCUGCUCUGUGUAAACUACUUCUUCUACGGAGAGACUGUGACAGACUACUUCUUUAAUCUGGUGCAGAGGGAGGAGCCGCUGCGCAUCCUCAGCAAAUACCACCGCCUCAUCUCCUUUGCUCUGUACCUCACAGGUUUCUGCAUGUUCGUGCUGAGCCUGGUGAAGAAACACUAUCGCCUGCAGUUCUAUAUGUUUGGCUGGACUCAUGUAACUCUGCUGAUCGUAGUGACCCAGUCCCACCUCAUCAUCCACAACCUGUUUGAGGGAAUGAUCUGGUUCAUCGUGCCCAUCUCCUGUGUGAUCUGCAAUGACAUCAUGGCCUACAUGUUUGGCUUCUUCUUUGGACGUACUCCACUCAUUAAGCUGUCUCCUAAGAAGACCUGGGAAGGCUUCAUCGGCGGAUUCUUUUCUACUGUUGUGUUUGGGAUCCUGUUGUCCUAUGUGAUGGCAGGCUACAGCUUCUUUGUGUGUCCAGUGGAGUUCAACAGCGACCAUAACAGUUUUGAGGUGGACUGUGUGCCCUCUGAUCUGUUCCAGCUACAGGACUAUGCCCUGCCGGCCACCCUCGAGUCCCUCACUGGUUGGCCCACACUGCGCCUCUACCCAUUCCAGAUUCACAGCAUCUCCCUGUCUGCCUUUGCCUCCCUCAUGGGACCCUUCGGAGGCUUCUUUGCCAGCGGCUUCAAGAGGGCCUUUAAGAUCAAGGACUUUGCCAACACCAUCCCCGGUCACGGUGGCAUCAUGGACCGCUUCGACUGCCAGUACCUCAUGGCCACGUUCGUCAAUGUCUACAUCGCCAGCUUCAUCAGGGGCCCUAACCCUGCCAAGGUGGUCCAGCAGCUUUUAGCCCUGCGCUUGGACCAGCAGCUCAACAUCUUCAACUCCUUAAAGAGCCACUUGAUAGAGAGGGGUCUGCUGGAGGAUGUAGCCUAGGGCCCCCAUGGCCAGCCCCAGGUCACCCUACUGGGCACACAGAGAGGAGGGCAGCGCCUGGCACCAGAAAGCCCUGGAGGUGUGGGAGAAGAAGUGUGGUGCUCGUAUCUGAGAAAGUAACUCAAUUCUUUGGGUUAUUCAAUUUUCUGUGUGACAGAGGGAGGGAGUGUAUAUAGUAUGAAAGAAAGUGUGUCCUAAACUGUUUCCUUUGUCAGUGUUUCAGGUUGUAUUUGUGAGUAAAUUUAUGUCAGCUAUAGUAUCUAUAACACAGUGAUGCCACUUGAUCUGUGUACCUCAAUGAGGUCAGGUAUACGUGUGUGAAUAUUUUAUGGUACAUAUAUUUUAUGUGUUUUAAUGCACUGCUCAAAAUAGUCACACUGUAUCGUCCUCUUCAUCUGCCACAAUUUUAUUUGUUUCAUUCAUCGUAAUAAUUGUUUGUAUUUAUAAUUUUUUAUUUGACCUUUUAUUUAACUAGGCAAGUCAGUUAAGAACAAAUUCUUAUUUUCAAUGACGGCCUAGGAACAGUGGGAUAACUGCCUUGUUCAGGGGCAGAAUGACAGAUUUUUACCUUGUCAGCUCGGGGAUUCGAUCUUCCAACCUUUUGGUUACUAGUCCAAUGCUCUAAACACUAGAAUACCCUGCCGCCCCACCUAUUACAUAAUGUGUGGUUGAGGUUUUACAUUGAAAGCUUUCAUUGUAUCCCUGUUUUGUAUAGUCAAUGUGAAUUUUACCCGGUAGAGGUUCACUCUGCUAGUGGCACAUCAUGCUGCAUAUCGGUGUGUUUCUGUCUCUGUUACCAUGGAGUGCUUCCCAAAUGGUACCCUAUUUCCUACAUAGUGCACCACUUCUGAUCAGAGCCCUAUGUGCCCAGGCAUCAUCAACAAGAUUCAGGCGCGGCUGGUCAGGGGACUGGAAGAUAAUUGCAAAUCAUUUGUAGACUGCAAAUUGACUGCAAGAAGCCCAAGCAGAUAUAAUAUUUGACUAAAACAUAAUAAUUUAAAACCUUGCUUACAUUUGUAUAAGAUCACAUAUAUUUCCAAAAUUAAAAUCACUCAUUUGCUGGUGUUUUUAGUCUUAUGCACCCCAAAAAAUCUUGCCCAUGGGACAAAUUCGGCUAGCGAGCCGCCAGUUGGGGAACCCUGAUGUAGGGAACAGGGUGCCAUUGUAGACACUCAUGCUUCACCUGUAGCUUCAUUCACACCCAGCCACACCGUUCUAGGAAGUGGACUGUCUAAAUUGGGAGCAAAACACCACUGGAUUUGACAGGAUUAUUAACUAUCAUUAUUGCUACAAAAUGGAGGUGAAGGGUAAAACAUUCCCUAGGAGCAAUAGAAUACAUGUUUGAAAGUGUAAAAUGACAAAAGGAAUAGUAUAGGAAUGUAUUUUACAAUAUAUUUCAUUGCCAUGUAAUAUUCUAUUACAUAAUGGUCUGCCUUAAUGUUAAACUUAAUUUAAAACUAUUGUGAUCUCCUUUUGGUGUGGGAGUUGGACAUCAGGAUUUCAGCUGAGGUUAUUUAUUUUCCAAUCAAGUUCCAUUAUCAGAGAUGACGAUGUGUGAAGGGUCCUUUCAGUUCACGCUGGAUGACAGCCACCAGAGUUUUAUAUACAGUAACAGUCAAAAGUUUGGACACACUUACUCAUUCAAGGAUUUUUACUUCAUUUUCCUAUUUUCUAGAUUGUAGAAUAAUAGUGAGGACAUCAAAACUAUGAAAUAACACAUAUGGAAACAUGUAGUAACCCAAAAAGUGUUAACCAAAUUCUUCAAAGUAGCCACCCAUUGCCUUGACAGCUUUGCACACUCUUGGCAUUCUCUCAACCAGCUUCAUGAGGAAUGCUUUUUUUUAUGUUCCCACAUAUGCUGAGCACUUGUUGGCUGCUUUUCCUUCACACUGUGGUCCAACUCAUCCCAAAAAAUUAAGAAAAACCCUGGAAUGAGUAGGUGUGUCCAAACUUUUGACUGGUACAGUGUUUAUAUAUAGAUCUCUAUAAAUGCUAUACACUAUAUGCCCUCUUUAUUUUUGGCUCUGACUGCCACUGUUGAGGUUCUCAUAGGAAUGUGAGAUGGGACACAAUCCACCCAUGUUGUUUACAUCAGCUAUUGUAAUGGAUGAAUAGAUAGUUGCAAAUGGCCACCAGGCGUUAUCUAUUUUGUUACCUGCCCUGCUGGUAUAAUAUAUGUUUGUAAACUGCUCCUAAGAGGCAGAUUUGUUCAACUGUUAGUGUUGUGUAGAAAACACCAGGAUGGUGGGGUGAAGGGAUCAUGCUGUCUGUUCAGUGUCCAAAGCUAUGGGACUGUAGUGAAGGAUACGACUCAAUAUUAGGAAGGUGUUCCUAAUGUUUGGUAUACUCAGUGUAGUGUGUUACUUGAGACUAGAGCACUAUGUGCCCUGGUCAAAAGUAGUGCACUAUAAAGGGAAUAGGGUGCCAUUUAGGAUGCUGCCACGCUCACAGAUAGUUGCCGUCGUUACACAUCCCUGUGGGUUGCGAACGAUCAGUAACGGGAGGCUGCUGAGAGGAGGACGGCUCAUAAUAAGCCAGUAGUAAUACACAAUACCAAAAUCACUGACAAUCUCACAGAUUUUGUUAAACUACUUUUAAUGCUGUUGAUGUUUUUCCUCUUGUUGCCAUUGUGAGAUCACCACCAAGUGACUUUCAUUUUGUGGUGACAUCCAACAUAAAUGGUUAAACUCUUGUCCUUGGUUGAUCUCAGUUUUGUCAUGUUCAUUUACAGGGACCAAUCUAUAGAUCAAUCUGAGUGUGAGGAUAUGACAUUGGGGAAACCAGGGCCUCAGAGUAUAAGUGAUCUAGGAUCAGUUUAGCCUUUAAGAGCAUAGUGGAUAUACAUUAUAUGGACAGGGAGGAGCUGAUCCUGGAACAGAUCUGAAAUAUUUUACAAACUGUCACCUCUUUCACUCUGCUUAAUCACAUAUAGUACGACCCAAUACUGAUUUACUGUACAAUCGAUCACCUCAAUCAUCCAUUGAUGCCAUACGUCUACUGUAACUUCAGAUUGGGAUCAAAUUGUGUAUGUAAAGAAUCCACUACCAUUCAUAGACGGAUAAAUGUUCAACGUGGUACAUUAUUGAAAUUAGAUUUUUGGAGUAGCCUAUGUCUUACUUAAUCCAAUUCAAAUGUUAUUGUUUGCAUACACAUAUUUAGAUGUUUUUGCAGGUGUAGUGAAAUGCUUGAAAUCAAAGGUUCAUGCAACUGGAUCUUGAACAAUAAUUAGCUACACAGAUUUUUAUUUAACUAGGCAAGUCAGUUAAGAACAAAAUCUUAUUUUCAAUGACAGCCUAGGAACAGUGGGUUAACUGCCUUGUCCAGGGGCGGAAUGACAUAUUUUUAACUUGUCAGCUCAGGGAUUUGAUCUUGCAACCUUUUGGUUACAAGUCCAACGCUCUAACCACUAGGCUACCUGCCACCCCAAUAAUGAAAAGAUACCUCAGUUUCUGCCAAUAACAUUUUUAAUGUAUGAUUAAGUAUUAUAGCUAACACAUUCUGUGAUUAUAUUCUGUAACAGUAAAAGACAAAGCAAUAUGAAGUAUCAAUGUAGGAUAUGAAAUGUCCAUGCAGGGUCUAAUACUUACAGUGAGGAGAGUUCAUAUGAAAUCUGUUCACUAAAAAGCCAUAGAGGUAUGUUUGGGAUUGGGUGAUCUGCACUGUCUGCACCUCCACUAUCAUCAUCUCUCUGUUCUUCACAUCCUCACCAUCCAUGUCAUGUAGCUCCACUAAGAUGGGGUUUUGUCAAGAUGGAAUAUAGCUUUUGUUAAAAUUGACCUCGUAGCAGGUUAGAAGAAUUUACCCAACAGAUUAGGAUAAAUCAUUUAGCAGGUUAAGGUUAGGAAAAGUGUAGGGUUGCGAUUAGCAACAACAACAAAAAACAAUUUGGGACAAAAGCUGUAUCUUGUCUAGACAUGACCCUAAUAUGGAAGGACACAUAAGAGUGAAACCUCUAUACAGUCCAAAAACCAUGCAGCUCUACUCUUUGAAAUGCCUACUUCCAUAAGCACAUUUUUCCUAUAUAUUGUUUUGUGAUCAUCAUUUAAUUAUUUGAGAUCCUGUCAGUCUUUAACUUACCUUGCUUAUUUGUUUUACUAUGUUGACUUGUAUACUCUACUGGUAUUAAACUUACCUUUGAUUUUCAAUAUUAUAUUAUUAUAUCAUACUAAUCUUGCUGUUUUGGAAAUGAUAUUAUCUAUAUAUCCUUCAGUUUUUACAUUGCAUAACUCACAGAUUUACUUAGCUAAGGUUCAGAGAAAUAUUCAGGCAAUAUAGGACAUUGCUGUGGUAUCAGGUGCAUUAGCUAGUUUUGAAUUUCCAGAUAUUGGCUGUUGUCGGUCUAUGGAAACUAUCUGUGGUAACUUUGUGCUGCAUUCAAGAGAGGGAACCUAUUGUAAUGUAUCAUGCUGUGUAGAUGAUAGAGGCAUUGAUAGAAGUUGUCAGAAGCCAACAAGUGGAAUAUUGGAAACCAACCAGUGAGAAUGGUGGUACAUUUUCCUUGGACUUCAUUGGCGGUAAUAAGAGUAUUGUGCCAGUUCCAUGUCAGUAUUAUGGAUAGCUGCCACUUGAGUGUGCUAAAGUUUAAAAUAGAUCAUUUUUGUGUUAUCCUCCUUGGUCUAUUAAAUUGAGCCUCUGCCAGUAUUGCACUUACAUGUAAAAGCAGCAAGAUUAUACCUUCUGCAUCACAGCUGUUCGAUAACAUUCCAUCUCCUAAGGUUAACUUGACACUUCUUAUGGGGGAAAUGGGGAUCAUUAUUCCUCCUUAGCAAUUUGCUCUUACAGAAAUGAGAAUUUCCCUCACCAAUAGGUUAAUCAUAAUAUUGAGCAGACAUAUUUUCUGCAGAAUAGGCUACCCCUGUGAAAUGUCCUAUUACACAGUUCUAUUUUAAUAGGUUAGGAAUCUUAUCAAGUUGUCCAGGACAUUAUGGAUUGUAUGGAGAUCUGCUAUGUUUGGCUGUUCAAGCAUACACUUCUCCUCUGGGUCUACUCUGGUUGGUUUGCUUUUGCUCUGAUAUAUAUUGAUAUUUUAUGAUUUAUGUUUAUUAUCGUAUAUUGUGCAAUGAUUUGUGUUAAAUUGUAUUUGUUUUAGGAAACAUUUUUGAUAAUGUCAGAAAAAUGUGCUUGGUCUUUCAGUAAAUAUCUUGUUCAUAUGUUAGAUGACAAUAAAAGGAAAAAGGUAAA